UUUUAUCCCUCAUCCAAUUCUUCCCCACUUCCCUAUUUUUCUUUUUCUCCCCAUUUUAUAUUAAUUUCUUUUCUAUAUAUCUCAACGUUAACCUUCCUUCUUCCUACUCAUUUCCACUCAAACUCCCACGCUUCAUCUCCGUUUAUCCCAAUCCCCGAACGAUGAGGCUGAAACCCCGUUUCCCCGACUGCAGAUUGCUCCUUCCAACCCUCGUCCUUCUGUUUCCGAACAUCCGAAACUGAUGGCCCUCUCUCCCUCGUAUUUGCCUCGAAAACCCUCCUGAAAUCGAGGUCCUUCACCAAGAUUUCGAGGGGCAACAGCAUCAGGCGCUCCUGCACCUUGAAUCUCGAUGAUAAGCCCUCGUUCCAUGUUGAGGCGAUGUCGAGUAGCCCUCGGGAGGAGGAGGGGCGCAGGCGGAAGAAACAGCAUUGUGCUAUUUCGAACGAGAACAGGACUAUUGGCAGUGCCACCCCCUUUCUGAAAGGGGGGAGGGAUCAAGAUUUGUUCUUGGAGUCACGUUUCGACUUCUUGGAGCCGAUGAUGCUAGGGAUCAGGCCGGAGUUUCCCGAGUGGCCGGAUAGGGAAACAGCUGUGUGGGCGAUGGUUGAACACAAGGCGAAUAGUUUCAACAUUCCCCUGUCGCUUAGGAUGAUCAAGAAGAAGCUGCAGUUGGAGGAGGGCUCCGCUGAGGCAGAGGAGGGUGAGGGUGGCUGUUGCUCCGUGAAGGCGGCCUUUGCCUCGAUGGUGUUCAUCAUCAUUGAGAUGCAGAGCUCCGCCUUGCACAUAAGGGAGGCUCUGUGUGAUGAGGAUUUGGAUGUGAUCAAAGCUAAGGUGCGGAAGGAGAUGCAUCUCUCGUUCGUGUGGCUGUUCCAGCACGUGUUCUCGAGGACACCGGCUUUGAUGCUGCACGUGAUGGUACUCUUGGCUGAUUUCAGCGUACAUUCGACCUCCCUAAACACCGCGAUAGGGGGGGAGGCCUCGUUGAUGGGGAGGCCUUAUGAGCAUGGGAAAAGCUCGUCUUUGUGUAUGGUGGACGCAGAUAGGGGGCUUGUUGUGGAGGAGAAGACAGAACGCGAGUCAGGGAAUCCGAGCAUUUAUCCGAGUAAUGAGUUUAGGAGCGCGAUGGAGAUGCAGCUGUGGGAUUCAAUGGUUGAUGAGGCUAACAAUGUGCGGAGAGGUGGGGAAGGCGAGGUGGUUCUUGGUCACGACGUCAUGAAACAUUUUGUUUCUCCCGUGUCUGUGGAGAUCGAGCCCGAUACUUACCAGGAUUUUUACAGGACGGACCUUCUGUACCAGAUGUACUUAUCCCUAGAGCCUAAUAACACUCUCUUGCUGCUGAACUAUGCGCGGUUUUUGCAGCUCGUGACGCGCGACUAUCAAAGGUCCGAGGAAUGCUUCAAGCGGGCAGUGCAAGUAACGCCACCCGAUGGAGAAUCUUUCUCCGAAUACGCCAACUUCCUAUGGACGGUGAAGAAGGACUACUGGGCGGCCGAAGAGAGCUUCCUACAAGCUCUGGCACUCGAGCCACACAACACACACUUCGCCUCCAGAUACGCCAACUUCUUGUGGAGCACCGGUGGCGAAGAGACCUGUUUCCCUCUCAACACGUAGGGAGUCGUCUAUCAUCAUUACCACCACCACCACCACCAUCACCACUACCAUCGCCUUCAUCAUCGUCAUCAUCUCUACCAUUGUAAAGUUAUAUAAGAAGAAUAAAAAUCCGUUCGUACCUUUCGUUUCUGGGACUCUGGAAGCUCGUCCGCAUGAUCAAUGGGGCCGGAAACCCUGGAGCACGAGCGUUUCUUUGUACAUUUGAGGGACGAAAGUCAAUAACCGAUGAAGGCGAAUAUGGAAGGGUUAAGAGGAGAAGAGGAGGAGAGGUUUGUUUAGAUGGGGUUGAUGAGGAAAGGAAGAUUUUUAUAGCAGGUUGAAAUGCAGCUCUGAAUUUUUACAAUUGUACAGAAAAAAAGGUAGAAGUUUUUUUUACCUAUAUGAGUGCCAUUGUGUACUUGUUUACACUACUCAAAAAGAAAGAAACUACAUUUGUAUAUUACUAUAAAUUUAGGAACUACAUUUGUAUAUUACUAUAAAUUUAGGCAAAGGUGUCUCUCAAUUUUCUCUAUGCUAAUUUUUGUUGACACUUAGAUGUGAGAAUUUGAUGGAUUAGAAAAAAAGGGGAUUAUGGAUUAUUGUCCUCAUGAAUGGGUGCUUUUUCCCUUCUCUAA